AGGAGAGCUCACCUCCCUCUGGUCAGCAGAGUGGCAGGAAUCUGCACAGAGGCCACAACACAGGCAGACUUUCAGUAGAUUCAGAUCUAUCUUGAAAUGAUGUGGUCUUACAACAUGUUGGGGUUUUAAUUUGGGAGUCACAUGCCUGUGGUGGAUGCCCUUUGUUUCAGUUAUCUCACAGGAAAAAGGAAACACCAGUCUGCUCGGAGCGUCUCUGGCUGGUCCUGCCUCUGAGGAUGAGAGGGAGUGGAUCUUAGUGGAGGGAGGGCUGCUCCCUCUGCAGCUCCACAUCGAACCCAGCAUCAGCAUUAGCCCGUCUGUCACACGUACAGAAGGACCAACAACCACUGAUGGGAUCUUAUCUACUGACUCACUGACAGACCAUGUCAAACUGUAGGACUAAGAUCUGGGAAAAGUACCUGUCAAAUUACAGCUGUUCUCCAGGACCAAGGAAGUUCCUGAGUUAAAGGUGUGAAAAGCCCUGGAGAUGAUAGGAGCGUGAACCCACGGUGAACCAGGAUGGAGCCUGUUAAAAGAGACAUGGAGCUGCUGAGUAACAGCAUGGCAACCUACGCUCACAUUAAAGCCAAUCCAGAGAGCUUCGCCCUCUACUUCAUGAUGGGUGUCUGCUUCGGCCUGCUGAUGGCGCUCUGUCUGUUGGUGGCAGGAAUCGCCUGCAGGAGACGCAGCCACAAGAGGCCUCCUCCAUCCCCUGAGAGGAGACAGCUGAAGGAGUCCAGCGAGGAAGAGGAGGAUGAUGAGGACGAGGAUGAAGAGGAGAGCAUAGCAGAGGAAGACGGAGAAGAAUCUGAGAUCCCUAAAGUGACAGUAGGGCCCAUGAGUGAGCGCAGCAGUCAGUCCAACGGGACUCUGAGGAGCGUCAACGUGUUCGCCUCCGCAGAGGAGCUGGAGAAGGCUCGACGUCUGGAGGAGAGGGAGCGCAUCGUCAGGGAGAUCUGGAGGAACGGACAGCCGGACAUCCUGGUGACAGGGACGGGGACGAUAGGCCGAGUGCAUUACCACUAACAGACAGUGACUGCAGCCACAAACAAAGGAUGGACAACAAAAAAAAGACAGAAUACAGAAAACAGUAAAGGAAAGAACACAAAGAAACAGACUGUGAAGGAGAAAAAAACGCAGACUGUAAAGGACAAAAAACACAGACUGUGAAGGAGAAAAAACAGAAAAACAGACUGUAAAGGAGAAAAAAAUACAGACUGUAAAAGAAAAAACGCAGACUGUAAAGGAGAAAAAAUACAGACUGUAAAGGAGAAAAAACAGACUGUGAAGGA